AACCCACCCGCGUCCCCCACAUCAACUUUUUCUUCUCUGGGCCGUCCUUUGAAGUGAGCUUUUUCUCUUUUUACUUCACAGAGAAACGAAAGAAGUCGAACAUGUCGCCGCCUUCACGUCGGCUUCAGACGAAGCCGGUCAUUACCUGCCUGAAGACUUUCCUCAUCUCCUACAGUCUCAUUUUCUGGUUCACAGGCAUGAUCCUGCUGGCGGUGGGCGUGUGGGGGAAGGUCAACCUAGAGGCGUACAUCACACUAGCCUCCGAUGAGACCACAAACGCGCCGUACGUUCUCAUCGGCACCGGCGCCGCCAUCAUCAUAUUUGGCCUUUUUGGCUGCUUUGCCACAUGCCGGGGCAGCCCGUGGAUGCUCAAACUGUAUGCCAUGUUCUUAACUGUGGUCUUCCUGGCCGAGCUGGUAGCCGGAAUAUCAGGCUUCAUCUUCAGGCAUGAGAUAAAGGAAAAAUUAGGCACUGCAUACAAAAAUGCUGUGAAGUCCUACAACAGCACUGAGACAAGCAGAACUGCUGUGGAUGCCAUCCAAAGGACUUUGCAAUGCUGUGGCGUGAAAAACUACACGGACUGGGCAGAAACCGACUAUUUCAAAGACCAGGGCAUUCCUGCCAGUUGCUGCAAAGUUGACACCAACUGCUCUCCGGAGACCCUCAAGGACCUGGACAAGGCUGGCAACGAAGUGUACAACACUGGUUGCUUCUUACUGGUGACUGAUGUGAUGGAAUCCAACCUGGGCAUCAUUGCUGGGAUCUCCUUUGGAAUUGCCUUUUUCCAGCUCAUUGGGAUAUUCCUGGCCUGCUGCUUGUCUCGAUACAUAACCAACAACCAGUACGAGAUGGUGUAAAGACAGCCACUGCCUCAUGCAGGUGAAUCAGUGUGCAUCUCCCAACCUAAACGACUGACGCUCCUGUGAUUUUUAAACUUUUUAGAAAAACCAACCUCGCCACUUUUUUUUAUUAUUAUUAUCCACUCACAGGACACAGCAGAGGAGCAAAAGGGAAAAUUCCAAAUGAACCUCAAAGGGAAAGUGUAGUUUGAUCCAAACAUUAAGUUGUUUCUUGUUUUCAUAGAAUUAAACGAUUAUUAAGAGUAGAUGUCAUUGUGUCAAUAUUAUCGCUUUAUUUUGUGCUUCAAUACUCGUUUGAUGUCUGGGUUUUUUUGCCUUUAAAUAAUAGGGCUGUAACGAUUCAUCGAUACACAUCGAUUAAUCGAUAUAAUGCUCUACGAUUUGUUGGCAUCGCUGCUAAACGUAAACAUCAAUCUAUAUCGCCCGUUUUUGACCUCAGACAUUAGACGCGACUUUAUUUUGAAAUCCAGUUCAUUGUUGCUUGCUUCCUCUUUCCGGGAGCAGUGCGCGGCGUGUUGUGUUGUGAGCAGAGCAGGCACGUGAAAGGGGAGCCGACAACUACGUGGCUCCUGGGCUGGUGCUAUGGCUAGUGUCCAAGAAGACGAGGAAAUUCGCUCCCCUUUGGGCUUCAAGUAAUUCGUUUGGAAGCACUUUGUAAUUUCCUAAACAAAGAGUUUGCAGUACCUUGUUGAUUUUGCGUAUGAAUUGUUAUAAAUCAGGAUAUUGUUCUAUAUCGAUCGCAGAGCACUAUAUCGUGAUGUAUCGUGAAUGAAUCACAGCACGCUUUAAGAUAUCGGCAAAUAUUGUAUCGGGCUUCUUUGUAUCGAUAUGAUAUUGUAUCGUGACAAAACCCGCGAUUUACACCCCGAUUAAAUAAUGCCGUUGCCUUAUUUUAUAAUUUUGAUCAAAUAUGCGUAGGUAAGAAGACAAACUGACAAAGGAUUGUGCGUGAGGUUACUUGUGAGGGGAAUGGCAUACAUAAUAAGCUACAAUAACCCACAUUUUCAUAUCGGUCAUCAGUUUAAAUGCUUUUCUUCUGUGGAUGCAUGAAAAAUGUUGAUGGAAAAAACAAAUAAAAGUCGAAGUCACAUGUC